AUGCUUUUUAAAAGGUUUGUUAAUUUUCUAACUUUAUUAUUCCUAUUAGGAGCUGGGUUACUGACGUUUUUUAUUAUUCUGUCAGGCUCACAUAAUUCAGGAACACUUAAGAGUUUCUAUUGGUUUGAGGCAAAUACUUUUGGUUUUAACGAUGCGUCUAUAAUUACCAGAUGGUAUGAUUAUGAAUUCUGUGGUUAUCUGAAUGAUAAUUUAGUUAACUGCUCGUCAAGAGCUCCUGCUAAACCUUUUUCUCCAAAAGAUAACUUUGGUGCGAGCGAUAAUAUGCCAUCAAGCUUUCUAAACAACAGAGAUACGUAUUACUAUCUUUCAAGAGUGGCAUGGGCCAUGCUUUUGAUUGGACUGGUCUUCAUCUGCCUUUCGAUUAUUCCGAUAUUCAUUAAUAUCUUCAAAUUGGUGCCAGGAAUAGUGAUUUGGUCAACUGUCGCUACUUGGUUAGCUUUCUUUUUCAUCAUACUGUCAGCCUGUUUAUAUACAGGUUGCUACGUAAAGGCAAGGAAGAAUUUUCAUCAUGACGGCAGACAUGCAAAAUUGGGUGCCAAGAAUUUUGCAUUCAUCUGGACCAGUGUAUUUCUGUUAUUGAUUAGUAUUGUGUGGACCACGUUACUGUCGACACUAUUUACUCGCGACGACCAUUACAGAAAGAGUAACUAUAAUGUUGCUUCAACAACCGUGGAUGCAGAAGAAUCGGGUAUCCCAUAUAAUCCUGGGGCACCUCAACCUCAGGCCAGAGAUAUUCCUACUCAUAAGAAGAGGUUCUUCACUACCCUUAAAACCAGAAAGAUUCAUGAGUCAGAUAUCCCAGAGGAUCUAGAAAAUGUGAGCCCUGCUAAUAAUAUAAAUCCAGUAGUCUCGUAA